AUGCGCAUCAGCACGAGCAGGUCCUUCCACCGCGACCGCUUUGUUGUGCAUGGAAGCGCUGGCCUCCUUGUGCUGCUGCUUGCGGCCUGGUCAUCGCCAUCAUUGUCGUUCUCCGCGGUGAUGGGAACGGAGCACGAGGACGCGCCGACGGUGGUCGUGGACAGAUAUGGAAACAUGCUGGUGGACACGUAUCUGCCGGGCAACGCGUCGCGGGAGGAGGCCGGCGACUCGCCGCCGCCACUGCUACCCAAAGUGCGAGUGAACGGGAUCGACGUGCACGAGCUGCACGAGCGUGUGCGGCAGCUGGAGGAACAGCUCGGGGCACAGACCGGGUUCUCAAGUCGCUUGCUCGUCCAGCUGGGUGGCGCCGGCGAUGACCACGCGUACGCCGGUGCGUUCGACUGGCGAAACGGCCGCGUCUUCAUUGGGGGACGCACCGCGAGCGACGUGCCUGGCGCCGUGCUGCUGGGCUUUGUCGCGUGCAUGGACCGCGUCACGGGCACGGUCAUCUGGCACACCGUGCUCAACUCGACGCGAUCCAGCGUGGUGCUUGACAUCGCCCUCGAUAACGGCUCAACCGAAGACGUGCUGGCGACAGGAUUCACAUUCGGACCCAUUGCUGAAGGCACGAUGUUUCACGGCGGCCAGGACAGCUUUGUGGUGCGUCUGGACAGCGAUACAGGCGACAUUGUGUGGAGCCAACAGCUCGGCAGCGCUGGCGAUGAGUCUGGACGGGGCGUUGCCGUAGACACGGAUAUGCAGCGGGUGUACGUGUCCGGGCACAGCGGCCUCAAUGGCGACGGGCACAGCGGGGGAGAGCCGAUUGCCCACGCCACCGUGACGUGCUUGCACCUGGCCACGGGCCAAGUGCUCUGGACCAAGACGUUUGACGACAACGACAUGCUCAACUCGUUGGCCAUUCGCCUUCACCCACGCCGCCACACGCUCGCCGUGGCCGUCACUGGUGAAGCGCCGCUGGCGGGGCACAUGCAGGGCUUUGGCGACCUGGACGCCUUCGUGGUCAUGAUGGACAGUGUGGAUGGCGAGGUGCUGUGGGUCAAUGGGAUUGGCACAGACAAGGCAGAGAUCUUACACUCCGUAGCGAUCGACGAGACAACUGGCGAUGUGUUCCUCUCCGGCACCACGACCGGUACGCUCGCUGCUGCUGCUGGCGAGGACACCACUGACCGCAGCGGCGCUAUUGCAACGUUUAUUGCGCGGUUUCGUGGCGCGGACGGGCAGCUCAUGUGGGUGAGGCAGUUUGGCUCGUCGUCGCACGAAAACAGCAGGUCUGUUGCCGUUGACAGCGCACGGGGCAGCGUGUACAUGUGUGGAUGGACUCGCUCGCCACUGCUCAACAAGACGUUGGUUGGUAACACAGACUCGUUUGUCAUGCAGCUGCGCAUGGCAUCUGGUGAGCCCGUGCGUGCAGCCAUCAUUGGCUCGGUGAACGGAGACGAGCUUGGGCAGUCUGUGGUGGUGCACCCCAAGACGGGCGAGGUGUGCGUGAUUGGGGACACCUCGUCUGUGGUCACCCCGCACGAUCCCAUUCUGCCGCUGGUGGGCGGUGCCGGUGGCGGCGGUGGACAGGACGUGUUUGUGCGCUGCUUUGUACGACCAAACUAUUCAUAGGCAUGUGUGUGUGUGCGUGUGCAUGUGUGUGCGUGUGUCUGUGUGUGUCUGUGUGU